ACUAUAUUUUACAACUCGCGUCAGUGAAUAAAGAAUUUUUUUCUGUGCUACUGAAAAAAAAUUUUCCAAUUCGAAAAUUUUGUGAAAUCGUGCUUUGUAAAAAAGUAUUUUAAAAAACGUGUGUUAUAUAUGCGAACUCCUGAAAAAUCAAUAAUCAUUGUUAAAUAAAAAUUAAAUACGCAAUUGAAUUGCAAGGAAGGAAAAACGAUUUUCUCUGAAAGUUCCCAAAUCAAUGGUCUGAUAAAAGUCCACAUAAGGAAAAGUAAAAUAAAAAACGAAAAGAAACCCUAUUAUACAUUUUCUUUCUGCGUUCAAUUUGUAACACACAUACAAAAAUUCGAAAUAAAUCGAAAAAUUAACAAAGAAAAUGUUAGAAAAACAAUAAAUAUUGAUCAACAAAAAACUCGAUUUGAUUUGAAAGUCAUAAGACUUACAUUAUACCGGCAUAAACUAAAAAAAUACGAUGGGAGACGUUGAUCCAGAGACACUUUUGGAAUGGCUCUCAAUGGGCCAGGGAGAUGAGCGUGAUAUGCAAUUGAUUGCCUUGGAACAGCUUUGUAUGCUUCUAUUGAUGUCUGAUAAUGUGGACAGAUGUUUUGAGAGUUGUCCGCCACGCACUUUUCUACCAGCACUUUGUAAAAUAUUUCUCGAUGAGUUGGCACCUGAAAAUGUUCUUGAAGUUACGGCUCGUGCCAUUACAUAUUAUUUGGAUGUAUCUGCCGAGUGUACUCGUCGUAUUGUAGCCAUUGAUGGCGCCAUUAAAGCUAUUUGUAAUCGUCUAGUAGUGGCAGAUUUGUCUUCACGGACAUCCCGUGAUUUAGCUGAACAGUGCAUCAAAGUGUUGGAAUUGAUAUGUACUCGUGAGGCUGGUGCUGUAUUCGAUGGCGGUGGCCUUAACUGUGUACUCUCCUUCAUACGUGAUUGUGGUUCGCAGGUGCACAAGGACACUUUGCACUCUUCCAUGGCUGUGGUGUCACGUCUUUGCACUAAAGUUGAACCUAAUACUCCCUGUAUACAGAAUUGUGUCGAGAGUCUUAGUACUUUGCUACAACAUGAAGAUCCUAUGGUGUCCGAUGGAGCUUUGAAAUGUUUUGCUUCAGUCGCUGAUCGUUUUACUCGCAAAUGGGUAGAUCCGGCACCACUUGCAGAAUAUGGCCUGGUAAACGAAUUGCUUAAGCGCUUAAGUAAUGCCGCAGGGCCAGUAGGAAGUUCACCAAUAACUUCUACGGGUGGAACAACUCCAACAACGGGUGCACCUUCAUCAUCCGGAACUCAGGGCGAAACUUUGGCUGCCCCAGUUGCUGCACCCAUCCAAAAAGCUCAAACAAAUGAUACCAGUCGUUCAUCUCAAUCAAUAUCAACAACAAUUUCACUAUUGUCCACUCUCUGUCGUGGUUCAUCUUCGAUAACACAUGAUUUACUACGUUCUCAGCUACCAGAUGCUAUUGAAAGGGCCCUCAAAGGGGACGAGCGUUGUGUCCUAGAUUGUAUGAGAUUGGCAGAUCUGCUGCUUUUACUACUUUUCGAAGGCCGUCAGGCCUUGAAUAGAGUAGGUGCUGCCGGUGGCCAAGGUCAACUGGCCUCACGAGCCCGUCGCAAUGAUUCCACGGUAGAAAGAACACAUCGUCAACUUAUCGAUUGUAUCCGCUCUAAAGAUACUGAAGCGCUACAAGAAGCCAUUGAAUCUGGUGGAAUCGACGUAAACUGCAUGGAUGAUGUGGGUCAAACACUUUUAAAUUGGGCUUCUGCUUUUGGCACCCUAGAAAUGGUUGAAUAUCUAUGCGAAAAAGGAGCAGAUGUCAACAAAGGUCAGCGCAGCUCAUCUCUUCACUAUGCCGCUUGUUUUGGUCGACCUGGCAUAGCAAAGGUUCUCUUAAAAUACGGAGCUUAUCCAGAUUUACGCGAUGAAGAUGGCAAAACUCCAUUGGAUAAGGCCAGGGAACGCAACGACGACGGUCAUCGUGAAGUAGCUGCUAUACUACAGUCGCCUGGCGAAUGGAUGGCAGCCGGACAUAGUCUUGUCAACAAAGAUGGCAGUGAGGAUAAUGCAACAAUUGAGCCGCGUGGUGAUCCCGAAAUGGCACCAAUAUAUUUGAAAUUAUUUUUGCCCAUGUUUUGUCGCACUUUUCAAGGCACCAUGCUUAGCAGUGUACGUCGCGCCAGUUUGGGUCUAAUUAAAAAAAUGGUUCAAUAUGCACAACCUAACGUCCUUAAAGGACUUUGCGAUACUCAGCAGGAUUCCAGCAAUUCUGAGGUACCAGUCCUUGUCACCAUUAGCACAAGUGGCAAUUUAGGCACCCUACUGGUGGAAGUUGUAGCCAGUGUUUUGGAUAAUGAGGACGAUGACGAUGGACACCUUGUUGUACUUACAAUAAUUGAAGAACUUAUGAGUAAAACUCAAGAUGAGUUCUUGGAUCAUUUUGCCCGUCUGGGUGUAUUUUCCAAAGUUCAAGCUCUGAUUGAGCCAGAUAAUGAAAACGAAACAGUGAAAACAACUACAAUAACUGCUGUAUCAAUGACUGUCACAACUGAUGAACAAACGCCAGCAGUUGGAGGAGUUGUUACUGCAGGUGGAGUUGCGAGUCAACUACAAAGUUUAACAACAGAUGAUGUUAUGGAAGACGCUAAAGAAAUACUGCAAUGUAAAGCCUAUCAUUGGCAUGAAUGGAGUAUUUGUCGUGGUCGUGAUUGUUUAUAUGUGUGGUCUGAUUCAGCUGCAUUGGAACUAUCGAAUGGCUCAAAUGGCUGGUUUCGAUUUAUACUAGAUGGUAAAUUGGCCACGAUGUACUCGAGCGGUAGUCCUGAAAAUGGCAAUGACAGUUCAGGGAGGGGACGUGGCAUGGAUUCUUCCAAUAGUGAAGAAAAUCGUGGAGAAUUUUUGGAAAAACUCUUACGUGCUCGCUCUGCGGUACGUCCUGGCACUCCAUCUCAGCCCAUUUUGCCAACGGUCAGCGUAUUACGUCUAGUUGUUGGCAAUUGGGUAUUGCAAUCUCAAAAACAGAGUCAGUUGCAAAUACACAAUACCGAAGGUCAUCAGGUUACAAUAUUGCAAGAUGAUUUACCUGGUUUUAUAUUUGAAAGUAAUCGUGGCACAAAGCACACAUUCACAGCAGAAACCACAUUGGGACCAGAUUUCGCUACGGGCUGGUCUACAAAUAAGAAAAAGAAGAUUAAAACUAAAACUGAAGUUCAAAAGACUCAGGUUAAAAAUAUGGCUCGUGAUAUUUACAACAAAUACUUUAAGGCUGCCCAGGCAGUUCCACGUGGAGCUGUGGCCAAAUUAACUAGUAUAGUGAAAAGAAUUGAAAUUGCCCUGGAAGAGCAACGUUUGCCUGGUCAGACCGUUUGGCAAGAUAAAUUACGUGAAGCCCUGAAUGAGUUGUCACAACUUCUGCAAGAGGACGGUGUUGUUAGCGCUUAUGAAAUGCAUUCAUCUGGUUUGGUACAAGCCUUGGUUGCCGUACUCUCUAAGAACUACUGGGACAAUGGAUUGUCUCGCACUAAAAUGAAUAAAUUGCAAAAACAACGUGUUGCUAUAUUUAAACAGUGUAUUCUAGAACGCAACGAAUUAAAUACAAAAACUAAUAAUACCGCCUCCAUUUUAGUCCAAAAAUUGGUAGCCGUUCUAGAAAGCACCGAAAAACUUCCUGUCUUUUUAUAUGAUGCCCCUGGUCCUGGAUAUGGUUUACAAAUACUUACAAAACGUUUGCGUUUUCGUUUGGAACGUGCGGCUUGUGAAACUACACUUUUCGACCGUACCGGCAGAACAUUAAAAAUGGAACCUUUGGCCACAGUCGGUCAACUAUCAAAAUACUUACUGAAAAUGGUUGCCAAACAAUGGUAUGAUAUGGAUCGUAGCACAUUUUUGUAUUUGAAAAAAUUGCGGGAACACAAACAAGGCAUGGUAUUUAAGCAUCAUUAUGAUUUUGAUGAAGAGGGUCUAAUAUACUACAUUGGUUCGAAUGGCAAGACAUGCGAGUGGGUAAAUCCUGCUCAAUAUGGUCUUGUUCAGGUUACAUGUUCCGAGGGUAAAACUCUGCCGUACGGAAAGUUGGAAGAUAUUCUAUCUCGUGACAGCAUUUCAGUAAAUUGUCAUACCAAGGAUAAUAAGAAAGCUUGGUUCGCAAUCGAUUUAGGUGUUUACGUAAUACCCAAUGCUUAUACACUACGCCAUGCACGUGGUUAUGGGCGUUCUGCUUUGCGUAAUUGGAUGUUGCAAGGAUCUAAAGAUGGCGUUAAUUGGACCACUUUAGUUACACAUGCUGAUGACAAGAGUCUUGUAGAGCCCGGAAGUACAUCAACUUGGCCAAUAGUAUGUGCACCUGAUGAGAAUCAAGGUUUCCGUCACAUACGCAUUCAACAAAAUGGUCGUAACGCAUCUGGCCAAACACAUUAUCUGAGUUUAAGUGGUUUUGAAAUUUAUGGUCGUAUAGUCAGUGUAUGCGAUGAUAUUGGUAAAGGUUCGAAGGAAGCUGAAGCUAAAAUACGACGUGAACGUCGUCAAAUUCGUGCUCAAUUGAAGCAUAUAACCACGGGAGCACGUGUCGUGCGUGGUGUCGACUGGCGUUGGGAUGAUCAGGAUGGUGGCUGCGAGGGCACUGUAACCGGUGAAAUUCAUAAUGGUUGGAUAGAUGUAAAAUGGGAUCAUGGUGUUCGAAACUCGUACCGCAUGGGUGCCGAAGGAAAGUACGAUUUAAAACUGGCCAAUAGUGAAAAUAUUUCAAUGUUUGAAGGUGGAACAGCAAUAGCCCCCAUUGCAACUAGCAAUAGCAGUAAGAAAGGAAUCUCCUUGAACUCAAGAAAAUCAAGUUCAACUCCUUCGCUGCCAGAAGCAACUGAAAUUAAUCGCAACUCCGAAGGGCCACCAGAUCAAGCUGCAUCAGCAGACAAUCUUGCUUGGAAGCAAACAGUGGAAGCUAUAACAGAAGACGUAUUUUCAUCGGCCAAAUCUCAAAUGCUAGCCGGUGGUUCUGGAUCAGGUGUCGCUGGCGAUGAAAACCAGGGAAUUCAAGGUAAAAAUACAUCAUCAGGUGCGGGCGGAGUGCCAGUGGGCAAUACUUCUACUUUACUUAGAGAACGUGACAACAUUACAGAUCUAUCAACAAUAAACAAUUCAAUGCAAGCAAUAAAUGCAAAUGUAGCAUCUGAUCUUGCUACAAUUACAGAAAAUUUAGCUAUGAGCGAUAAUCCUCCACCCAGUGGAUUGGCUACCAUCACUAGUGCUGCUACAGGUUUUGGUACUUCGAAUGCAAACAGUAAAAAUGCUCUGGCUGCAAUAUUUGGCAAUGUUAGCUCAUCAGGUUCAGGCUCUGCUACGGCAUCAACAUCAUCCUCUUGUGAAGCUAACAAUAAGAUGAAUGCCAACAACUCGGCCGCAAGUGGAAGUAUUAGUAAAGGCCUUUUAGUUAAUUUACGCUCUGGCUCUUCAGCUAGCCAACGUGUUUCCCAAUUCUCGUCUGAGGCCCUCGAAAUGAUCGAUAAAAUGCGCGAUGGGGUUGAUAUGUUACGGAACAACACUAAUAAUAUUUUGGCAUCGGAUAUUCUGUCAUUGCCAGGAACAAAUUUACUUGCUGCUGCGUGUGUGAAGUCAAAUAAUCCUAGAACUGGCGAUAUGACUGACAACUUGAGUAAUCUUAGUGUUGAUUGCCCUGGUACAGCUAAUGAUACGACAGUUGUUGUCGAGAAGAAUUGUGGUGGUAAUGAUACGCACGUGGAAAGCGGCGUUUAUAAUGAACCUUCAGGCGGUGGCACAGAUGCGGGCAAUGAUUCACAGGCAUCUGCACAGAACAGUGAAAAUAAUGAGAGCGAAGUCUCUGUGUCAGUUUCCAAUCAAAUGAGUGUCAGCGUACCAAAUUUGACUACCACUUCGGCAUCAGAAACACAAUCGCAGUCGGAGACAUCUACUCAUACUGGUUUAUUGGAGACAUUUGCCGCUAUGGCACGUCGACGUACGUCUCAAGGAACUAAUUUACAAAACAAUCAAAUUAUGAACUCAACAAAUGCAAAUUCAAAUGAACGAAAUAAUCAGAAUUCUGGCGGAGGCUCGAAUUCUUUCUUCCCCAGAGGUCCAAAUUCCGUAACGAGUUUGGUGAAACUUGCUCUUUCGUCAAAUUUCCAUUCUGGUCUUCUCAGUACAGCACAGAGUUAUCCAAGUUUAUCUUCUAACAAUGCAGCUAAUACGGCAGGAUCGAAUGCUAAUUCUGGCACAGGAAAUACUUCGGCUGGUCAACAAGGACAAGCUUCUAUAAACCCAGCACUUACCAUGAGCCUCACUUCAACAUCUAGUGACAGCGAACAGGUUUCUUUGGAAGACUUUCUUGAAACCUGUCGUGCUCCAGCCUUAUUGGGAGACAUGGACGAUGAUGACGAUAUGGACGAGGACAACGAUGAUGAAGAAAAUGAGGAUGAAUACGAAGAGGUUGGAAAUACACUUUUGCAAGUAAUGGUGUCACGCAAUCUUUUGACCUUCAUGGAUGAUGAAACAUUUGAAAAUCGUUUGGCUGGUGUCACUAAACGUAAAUCAUGGGAUGACGAAUUUGUUUUGAAACGUCAAUUCUCCGCAUUGAUACCAGCAUUCGAUCCCAGACCUGGUCGUACAAAUGUCAAUCAGACAUCAGAAAUAGAAAUACCUACCCCCGGAACGAGUGCCGAAGCAGCCCGCACAAGCGAGCAGGAACCGAUUCAACAACCAAUUUUGGCUUUGUCUCUACGUGGGCCUGGAAUUGGAGGUGUUCCUGAUGUUGAAAUUGAAUUGGCCAACAAUGAUUGGACGAUUUUCCGUGCAGUUCAAGAAUUAUUACAAGCUUCUCAACUAAGCAAGAUUGAUAAGUUCCGCAAAACUUGGGAACCAACAUACACCAUUGUGUACCGCGAGCUACAACCCACCCAUAACCAAGAUGCUACUGAUGCAGAUGAAGGAAACAACACCCCUGUUGUAUCCUCCAAAAGUGGUGCAUCCACAUUGUCGCCAAAUUCUCCAGUACGAGGUGAAUUUAUUACAUCGGAAAAUGUUAAUUGCACUGUAGAAGAUGUAUUGCAACUCUUGAGUCAAUUGAAUACUUUAAAUCAAACAAUUAAGGAAGCCACUGAAUUGAACGAAGGCUCUACUAACAGCAACACCACAAUCCUACCAGUGGACAUUUUCAUGAGUAAGAAAAUCACAAAUAAAUUGCAGCAACAAAUUCAAGAUCCAUUGGUAUUAUCGAGCAAUUCCUUGCCAAUUUGGUGUGAAGACCUGAAUCAGUCAUGCCCGUUCCUGUUUCCGUUUGAAACACGACAACUAUACUUUAAUUGCACUGCAUUUGGCGCUUCUCGUAGCAUUGUUUGUCUUCAAUCUCAAAGGGACGCUACCCUCGAGAGACAACGAAUGCCAGGUUUGAGUCCACGUCGCGAUGACCAACAUGAAUUCCGUGUAGGAAGACUUAAACAUGAAAGAGUCAAAGUUCCUCGUGAUGAAAACUUGUUGGAAUGGGCCAUGCAAGUCAUGAAAGUACACUGUAAUCGCAAAUCUGUUCUGGAAGUUGGUUUUAUGGGUGAAGAAGGUACAGGUCUUGGACCUACUUUAGAAUUUUUCGCUCUUGUUGCUUCUGAAUUACAAAGAUCUGACUUGUGUAUGUGGUUGUGUGAUGACGAUCCAUCACAAAGAAGCGAGCUAAUAGAAAAAAUUGAAAAGGAAGGGGAAAUUUCAUCAGCAUCCCUUAAAGAAGCCAAUAAACCUAUCGGUUACUACGUUAAUCGACGUGAAAGUGGUCUUUUUCCAGCUCCAUUGCCUCAAGACUCUGAAGUGUGCGAUAAGGCAUCAAAACAUUUCUGGUUUUUGGGCGUAUUCAUUGCAAAAGUUCUGCAAGAUAUGCGAUUGGUGGAUUUACCUCUAUCAGACUCUUUCCUACAGCUAUUGUGUCACAACAAAAUCUUAUCUAGUUCCACUCCGCAUAAAAGUUCCAACACCGCUUCAGAAGAUUUAAUGGCGACAUCGAUAAUGUCAGAAGAUUCCGAAUUAGCAGACACUUGUUCCAAGUUACUUGGUACCGAUUAUCGUUCCGAGACCAGAUGGUACGACGGAAUAUUGUCAUACGAAAAUCUUGCCGAAAUCGAUCCCAUACGCUAUGAAUUCAUCAAAGAGUUGCAGGAUCUUUUAGCUCGCAAACAAUCCAUAGAAUCUGAUCUAAGCCUUACAACCGAACAACGUCAGACAGCAAUUGCUAAUCUCAAAUUACAUAGUAAAAAUGGCACAGAAGCUAAUCUAGAAGAUUUAGCUUUGACCUUUACUUAUUUACCAAGUUCAUCUGUUUAUGGCUAUGAAUAUGCCGAAUUAGUACCGAACGGUGUUGACAUCGAUGUAACUAUCAAUAAUUUAGAAGAAUAUUGUGAGUCCCUGAUAAGCUUUUCCCUACAAGAUGGAAUUGCAAAACAAUUGGAUGCAUUCCAUCGUGGUUUUUGUGAAGUUUUCCCCCUACAAAAGUUGGCAGCAUUUAGUCCAGCCGAAGCUCGUAUGAUGAUAUGUGGUGAACAGCAUCCACAAUGGACCAGAGAAGAUCUCAUCAAUUAUACAGAACCGAAAUUGGGUUAUUCUAAGGAUAGUCCCGGUUUUCUACGAUUCGUUAAUGUUUUAAUGAGUUUGACUGGUCCGGAGCGUAAAGCAUUCCUACAAUUUACAACUGGAUGCAGUAGUUUACCACCUGGAGGUUUGGCCAACUUACAUCCACGCCUAACAGUGGUACGCAAAGUAGAUGCUGGUGAUGGUAGCUAUCCGUCGGUGAACACUUGUGUCCACUAUUUGAAAUUGCCGGAUUAUCAGACCGAAGAGAUCAUGAAAGAACGUUUACUAACAGCGACAAAAGAGAAAGGAUUCCAUUUAAAUUAAAAUGUGAAUAAUCAAUCAAUUAUAUUUGAUUCUCACUUUAAUAUUUAUUAUUAUUUUUUUUUGUUUUGGUUUGUUUAUUAUUAAUCUUUUAUCAAUGUAAUGAUGAUGAUGUUUGUCUUAUGUAUAUCCUUCUUCAGAUUAUUAUGAUAUUAAUAAGAAAUUGUGUUGAUAAUACUAAAGCAAUGAACACAAUGAAGAGAUGAUGCAUUUUUUGGCACACCGAAGAAGCAUAGAAAACAAACAAGAACUAAUAAAUUAAGAUUUGUUGUUUAAGUUGAUCCUACUUCUUCUAAUACUAUUCACGAAAUUGAAAAUAUGUUGAUUUUCAUCGUUAUGAUUGUUUGUAAAUUCAAAGCAAUUUAUUGUUGAUUUACAUUUACCCCUGCUCUUUCUUUUUUUUUUGCUACAUCCCCAAAUAAUUUGGUUUAUGUUGUUUUUAUUAUUUUUUUUAUCAUUGUUAAUUUUUUGUCUAAUAUUGUAAUAACAACUGUAGUACGAGUAUGUUCUAUCCUCACUCCAAUAAAAGUAAGUACGUGGUGGGUAGAAUGGAAUUGUUGGACACGAUCUGAAAACAAAUACGAUAAUUUUUAAUAUUUAGUACUAAUUACUAUAAUAAAUAAAAAAAAACUUAAAAGCAAAAUUUUGUUAACUAUUUCAGAAAAACAAAAGCAAACACAACAACAUCAAACAAACAUUUACUAUUAUUACUACUACCACUUACCUACUAUAGAAUAAUAUAAAAUUUUGAGGGCAAAAAAUGUUUGUGUUUCUUAUAAUAUAUUUUAAACAAACGAAAAAAUAAUGCAACUUUUAUGUAAAUAUUUGAAAUAAAUUUAAUUUAUUCUUAUAUCUCAAGCUUAUAUUUAUAUACAUACAUUAAUAAUGAUUAAACUUACAUACACACACAAGUGAAGAAAAAACAUUAAAUUAAAUUUUAAACAGUUUUUAAUAAAACCCCCUGUUUUAUUCGAGGAUUUAAAAGAAAAUACAUAACUACCAAAAAAUUAAAGAGACAUUUAAGAAAAAAAACUUAUAGCUAAUUUACAACAACAUAUUUACAUAUUUUUCACCUUUAGUCAUAGUUUUGCAAUCAUUAAAAAUUAAUGAAAUAUUUCAAGUUUAUUUUGUUAUACGAUGCAUUCGACAACAUAAACGAAAUUAAAUUCAACAAAUAUCAAUGGAAAGGGAGAAGAAGAAGAUAAGAUUAUUAGUUAAUUGCCUUUUAACAUAAUACAUAUAUAGUUUAAAUAUGUUUCAAUCAGCCUUUACUUCUUUUUCUUCUAAUAACUCCCUGUUCAUAUUACAUAUAUUCAUUUAGUAUCAUGUGUAACAUAAUAUAAAAAAUGUAUUUCAUACCACCAUAUUAGAACUAAUUUGGUAGGAUCUUUAACAAAAAUAAACUCUCAUCCCUUUUUGCUUUUAAGCUUAAAUUGAUUUAAAUUUAAUUUGCGUUUUUCUUAGUCAAUACACGUUUAAAAUUACACACUUAAUUUGACCAUCUGUCCUUGGCUUGAUUUACUUUUUAUGUUAACUGAAGUUAGUUUUAAAAUUAAAUUUUGCAAAUAAAUGAAGCUUUGCUUUUUGUCUUAAUUAUUCACCAUGUUAUCGUAUUUAAAUAAUUUUAGUUGAUAAGUGUAUUUUUUAAGAGUUACAUGAACAUGAAUCGUAUAAAUAAAUCUUAUUAAAAUCUCUAAAA